AUGGCACCAAAUAACCCUAAGGUUACUGUUCCUCCAAUAAAUUGCAUAUUCAACUUCCUUCAGCAGCAAACACUGGUAAACUUCUGGCUCUUCGAACAAGUUCAAACAAGAAUUAGAGGAAGAAUAAGUGGUUUCGACGAGUUCAUGAAUGUUGUGAUAGACGAUGCAAGCGAAAUACCUAUUGACACAAAAACAGGGUCUGAGCUUCCCGAUCAAGCCGUGAAAUUAGGACGAAUUCUCCUGAAAGGCGACAACAUUACCCUUAUCACACCAGUGUCUGACUGA